GUCUCCUGUGCGUCUGCGCGGGAAGUGGAAACCAGCGAGGAGGGGAAGCGGUGUGAGGUUCGUCGGGCCAGCAGCGUCGGCUGCUUUGGGUCUGUCCUCGCGGCUAAGCUCGCGGCCCGACCCCUCCGCCGCCAUGCCCAUGAAGGGCCGCUUCCCGAUCCGCCGCACCCUCCAGUACCUGGGCCAGGGAGACGUAGUGUUCAAGGACUCAGUGAAGGUCAUGACGGUGAACUACAACACGCACGGGGAGCUGGGCGAGGGCGCCAGGAAGUUUGUGUUUUUCAACAUACCUCAGAUCCAGUACAAAAAUCCUUGGGUACAGAUUAUGAUGUUUAAGAACAUGACGCCGUCCCCCUUCCUGCGGUUCUAUUUGGGUGAGUGUGGCCUCUGCCAAGGCCGGGAGGGUCUUUCUUCCCAUCCCUUCCUCCCACCAUAG